AUAAUAAUAAUUACAUCAUCUGCAUAGCAUUUCAAUUUAUUUCUCUCUCUGGGGUUUUAAGAAUUAACUCAACACAAACACAAACAAACUCUCUCAAUCUCUUCCCCUCAAUUCAAUCAACACACAAUCGAUACUUACACCUAUACGCACAAUCAUCAUCGCCAAUCGUCUCAGGAUAAGAGCGUUCUACGAUUGUCCUGCAUUGUAUUCUGUUUGAUGAUCUAAUAUUCAUAUGCAUGCCUGAGAUAUGGUUUUGAAGAACAGGCAAGAAUAUGGAUUCCGUGGCUACCAGAUCCCUGCGAUACCAAGAGGUCCCAGAUCUCUUAGGAGGAGGGCAAUGUUUAAGAAACCAGCAGACGAUGGCGAAAUAUGCGCAUUUGAGUUGCUGGCAACUGUAGCGGGCAAAUUAUUGCAGGAGAGUGAGAGUUCUACCUCUAGCAAUGCAGCAGAAUUAAAAGAACAGAUUAAAAUCCAUAACGAUGGUAUAAAAAAGGAACAUCUAGAAGGAUCAGUUAUCAGAUCUGAGUGCCUUGAUCAAGGAAGUUGCAUAGAGAGUGUACAGGUUCCUGAUUUUCCAGUUAUUGACCGCAAUUCAAAGUCUACUGUACAGGAAGUCCCGCAUCCUGAGAGUGUUUAUGUUCAUGAACAUGCUGCUGCUGUUCCAAGUUCUGAAUUCCUGGUUAAGGGAAAGUGUAGUGUGAAAUCAGAAAAACACAGAAGCAAUGAUGCACCUGGAAGUAUCCUCAGCAAAUCAAACGGGACCUUGUGCGAAGGAAAAUUGUAUGACUCGGACUUGGAGAAAGAGCCUCGAAGACAAACAGAGGUUGUAAAGAAACAAAGAGGGCCCUUAGAUAUGGCUAAGGCUAGUCCUUUAAAGAAUCCUACAGAAUUUUAUGUGAAUAAUACUAAUAUGCUGAUUAAUUCAGAGAAUAGUGUAGAUUUACCCUUGUACAGGGCCCAGGAUCUCGAUGCUCCUUUUCCCGGGUACAGGAGUGGUGUAAAAAUAGUUAAUAGAGAUGAUGACGAAAAUUAUUUUAGGAGUAAUGUACUCAAUACCAAGGCAAGGGCUUUUAGGCCACAAUCACGCAUGGGUUACCGUAGAAUGAGAAAGUUGCAAACAUCUAGAUAUUUGAAAGCAUAUCCAAAGUUGAAGGAUUACGAACUUUCUAACAUUUCUAGGGGAGCUAGGGCAUUCUAUCACAAAAGGAAAACAGUUUAUGCUCAAGAAAGAUGUCAGUAUGACCUACAGGCGAAAAGAAGGCGGUUGUUUGGACAUAGAUCAGAUCAGGAGGCAAGUAGUGAAAGUAUUUCUAGUUUCCGUGAUAAAGCUUUGAGGGGAAACAAGAGUGGAAUGCCUGCAAUCUGGAACAGAGCGACUGGGGUCUCAUCUUCAGGUUCAGGACAUAAAGCCUCUGUGCAGUCCAAAGACCCCCGCGUGAAUUUCCGCAUAAAGUCCUUUAAAGUGCCAGAGCUUUAUAUUGAGGUGCCAGAAACGGCAACUAUUGGCUCACUGAAGAGGACUGUUAUGGAUGCUGUGACUUCUAUUCUUGGAGGUGGAAUACGAGUGGGGGUAGUCCUUCAAGGAAAGAAAGUUAAAGACGACAACAGAACUCUUCAACAAUCUGGGAUCUCUCAAAACGAGGAUCUUGAAUCUCUAGGUUUUACAUUGGAGCCUAGUUUUGUAGAAGCCUGUUCACCUUCAGCUCAGAAAGGCUCUCCACUCCUGCUACCGUAUGAUGCAAAUCAAGAAUUAUCAAGGACCCCAGCACCAAUUCUGGAUUCAGGGUUCUCUAAAUCAAUUGAUCAAACUCCACUGACUAAGCUGGACAAUCAUGUUGAGAGUAAUCAUGAAACAGCUCCUUCAGUUACAGAUGUAUCAACAGAUGGAACAGCUACAGACUCAAAAGCAUUGGUUGCUAUUCCACCCAUAAAUGCGGAGGCACUUGCUAUGGUUCCUAUGAGCCAGAAGACCAAGCGAUCAGACCUUUCACAGCGGAGGAUUAGAAGGCCCUUCUCUGUAUCGGAAGUUGAAGCACUAGUUGAAGCCGUUGAAACACUUGGAACUGGAAGGUGGCGUGAUGUCAAAAUGCGUGCUUUUGAUGAUGCAAACCAUCGAACUUAUGUGGAUUUGAAGGAUAAAUGGAAGACAUUGGUCCACACAGCAAGCAUUGCACCCCAGCAACGGAGGGGAGAGCCUGUGCCACAGGAGCUUUUGGACAGAGUCUUGGCUGCCCAUGCAUAUUGGUCUCAGCAUCAAUCUAAGCACGGUAAACACCCCCAGAUGGAACCUUUCAAGUUAGCCGGAGAGGUUGGAGUCUAAGAGGUGGGAUCUGAAUUUCUAAUUGUAACUAUGUAAAAGAAUUUGUGAUUUUAGAAAACAGAUGCUAGAAGGGAAGACUUGAAAAGUCGUUUUAUUUCUUGUAAUAUUUCACAACUAAUUGUGAUGAUUUUUUUAAUAUCUGCUCUUUCCCCUUUGGAGAGGGUGAUUCCUGUAAAUGAAUUCUAGGGAAUAAGCCGCAAUUCAAUAGAACUUGUGGUAUUUACUUGUACAUUAAUUUGAUGAGAUUUCCUUAUUAAACUUA